AGGCGACGCCGGCUGGUGCAUCGCCAUGGAUCGGACGUCGUCCUGUUGCUCGCAACCGGUGACCGGUGCGGCCGCGUACAACUAUGGUGGUGGUGGCGGGACGGUGGCGGGCGGCCCGACAAUAGGUGGUUACCCAUCGUCGUACGACGGUGGCCACCGGCUAUCGUCAGCCGCGGUGGUCGGCAACGUGAUGGUGGUGGACGACGGCCAAGGGUGUUUCUGCUGUGACAGCGACGACGAUAGCGUGGAACGGGCCCGCGUGGCGCACGCCAAACGCAAGUGCUACAAGAGUUGUCUGCGUAACGCGUUCGUGUGUGCGUUGCUGGUGUCGUACACAUUCGCCGGCGCUUUGAUAUUCCUCAGCAUUGAGGGCGACGUGGACGCGGACACCAUGGACGAUAGCGGUGGCCCGGUCCAGUUGGCCGGCCUGAUGCCCGCCCAACAGCAGAACCUGACGGCCGCGUGGAUGGCAGCUGCGGCCGCGGGCGAGGAGAGCCGCGCGCGUACCGUCGAGACCAUAUGGGAGAUCACGGUCAACCUGAACAUUCUGUACCGAGAGAACUGGACUCGGCUGGCCGCGCAGGAACUGAACCGGUUCCAGGAGGACCUGAUACGGCGCCUGACGCAGCAGAUGGAAAUCGAAUCGGCCGCCGUCAGCUAUCACACCGGUAGUGGCGCUGGUGGUGGCAUCGUCGUCGACCACGGCGUCGAGUCGGUGGACAGCGCGUUCGAGUGGAACAUGGCCACGUCGUUUCUGUACUGCCUCUCCGUACUCACCACCAUCGGUUACGGAAACAUCACUCCGAAAACGGCUAUAGGUAAAAUGGUAACAAUGGUGUACGCAUUGAUUGGCAUCCCAUUGAUGUUAGUGUACUUGUCGAGCAUCGGUGGUUUGUUAGCGUGGUGCGCCCGAGGAAUAUUUACCAGAUCGUUAUGCUGUUGCCUGUGCUCCAAGUGCGGGUACUGCUGUUACGACGAGAAGCUGAUGGAGGAGAAGGAACGGCGGAUGAAGCUGAAACGUGAGCGCAAAGAAUACGACAUGCACAUGAAAACGUUCUCGGGACACGCGCUCGAGCCGUACUACGUGCGCCCCGGAGACGCGGACGACGUGUUCCAGCGCGUGUCCGACCGCGCGGCGGCAAUGACAGCGUCAUCGGCGGCCGCGACGUCGACGGCGCCCGCGGCCACCAGCACAUCGCCGUCGAUCGCGGCGGCCGAGAUGGCCGCGGACAGCGCGAGCUUCGUGCCAUUACUGCUGGUCGGGUUUGCAUUCAUGUCCGCGUACAUCGGGUGUGGCGCGGCCGUGCUGCACCGGCUGGACACCGGCGGUAAGACGUACCUGGACUGCGUUUUCUUCUGCUUCAUGCUGCUCAGCACCAUUGGCUAUGGUGGCAGCUCGCGGCCACUGGAAAUGACGCUCACCAGCACGGUGACCGUGUGGUUCUGUUCCGUGUACAUACUGUCCGGCAUGGCGCUGACGGCCAUGUGCUUCAACAUUGUGCACCACGGCGUGUCCACCAAGCUCAAGACGCUGUACCAGCCAUCGUCAGCCAACGGUGUGCCGGGCGCGGGCGUUGGUGAAUACCAGCGGCGCGACGGCAGCGGCAGCGUAAGCGAUCUAACGUCAGCGCACGGCAUCGCCGACUCCUGACACACGCGACGCCGCGGUG